CAGGAGUCCAGAGAGAAACUGGGAUCAAAUCAGAACGUCGUGUUUUUUUGCUCCUUUCAUUGUUGAAUUUGGACGACUUUCAAUCAGAUUAGGUCUCAGUUAAAGCAGCCACAGGUGGUCAAGGUGAGCACAUCGACAGGAAACCAGGAGAUGAAGACGAUGAAGACGCUGCUGCCGCUGCUGCUGCUGCUGCUGCUGCUGGCUGCGGCCGAUGCUAAAGUCUUUGAGCGCUGUGAUUGGGCGCGCACCUUGAAGGCCAAUGGCAUGGAUGGUUACCGCGGCAUCAGCCUGGCCAACUGGGUUUGCCUGACCCAACACGAGUCAUCCUAAACCAGAGCCACCAACCGCAACACAGACGGCUCCACCGACUACGGCAUCUUCCAGAUCAACAGCCGCUGGUGGUGCAGAGAUGGCGGAGUCUCAGCAUCCAACGGAUGCGGCAUCAGCUGCAGCCAACUGCAGACAGACGAUGUGACCGCGGCGAUCACCUGCGCCAAACGCGUCGUCAGGGACCCCAACGGGAUCGCAGCAUGGGUGGCCUGGACGAAACACUGUCAGAACCGAGACCUGAGCAGCUACCUGAGGGGCUGCAGACUCUGACCUGGACCUGAAGACCAGAACAACCUUCAUCCUCUGACAUUAUUUUAGGGAUCCUAAAAUAACAUUUCAAUAAAACAAGUACAUCCCUGA